AUGGCAGAAGUUGCUAAUUUAGUAUCAGCAAGAAAUAUUAAGCUUCCUUCUAUAAACCCUGCAAACCCCAAAUCCUCCAAAGUGGUGUAUUCUCAGAGUUUCAGAAUCAGAGGAUCUUCGAAAAGAAACGACUACUCUCUGAUUAACAAAAAGAACAGCAGGCGCAGUGUGAUCAGAAUAUCAACAGCAGAUGGGAGAUGGCAUGGGAAUUGGGGCUGUGAUUACCUUCUGUCCCUCCAAGACCUGCGUUUGGCAGAUCUGAUCGAAGAUGAUGACGGAAAUACAAAGGAUGCACAAGUUUCAGUCAACCUCUCCGUCCACAAGCAUGCUAGUUUUGGUUUCUCUGUUGAUGGAAGGAUUUUAACAUCAUUCACCAGAAAAUGUAGCAACUGCUCUUCUCCGUACUGCAGAAAGAUUGACACACAGUUUAAUGUGUGGGUUCUGUCGUCAAGCAGAGAUGACAACACAAUUCAACUGCCUGAAAUCGGUGGUGACGAUCCAUCGGUGAUCUAUGUGAAGCCUGGAAAUGAAGCUGAACUUGAUUCACUGGUACAAGACUCAAUUCGGCUCGCCACCUCCAUAAAAGAUACUUGUUCAGAGCUGUGUGAAAAAUCGUAUCCCACUGUGCAGUAUAUUGGUGGAGAAAGAAAGGCUUCUAUUGAUAAAAGGUGGUCUAGACUCUUGGAACUCAAGAAUUUGCGAUAACAUGUGCAUUUAGAGAUUACAAGUGCAGACAGUUCGAACAAAGGUUGGAGUAAACACCUCGCCAAACUGCAAGAAAUAUAUUCUAGCCUCAGGUUUAUGUCAUUGUAUAUACUCGUCUAUAUAGUUUUGAGAAUAAAAGAAUUGAAUGCUAAAUAAGCUUAUCUUC